AUGAGACUAAACGAAACCGUCUGCAAAAAACUACACGAACCAGAAGAUUUACUCCAAAAGGACAAGAUUCAAAGUAAAUACAUUUCGGAAAUUACAAAAAUAAAACGAAGCUACAGGGAAAUGGAUGAGCAAUAUAAAACAGUCGAAAAAGCUUUGGAAAGUUUUGCGGCAAGUCAGCUUUUAUUGUGGUUCAUGAAUGAAAAGGUAUCGGAGGAAGUUAAAGAUUUUUGGGAAGACAAAAAGCUGGACCAAAAACUCGUUACAUUAGAUAAAAAACGAAAAAUAGUCGAGGCUGAAGGUAUUGUGAAUUUUUUGCAAACGGGAAACGAACGUUUAAAUGAUACCUCAAGGAUGGUUCAUAAGUCUCAGUUAAAUCUUUUGGAAAGAAAUGAAUCAAAAAAAUCCAGAAAUGAUGAACAAGAAGAAGCGGAGGAUACUAACAAGCAUAAAACCCAAGCGGAAGCGCGUCUAUCUACAGAAGAUCAAUUGCGAGAAUAUAUUCGUUCCCUAUGGAUAUCCGAGGAUUUCUUAGCCAGCGAUCUUAAAUCGGUUAAUAACUCUGAACCUAUCGAUAUUAUAGCUCCUCCAUUUACAUUUCUGGAAAAGUUUCUCGAGAAGAGAUUACAAAGACAAAUCGUUAAAAAAUUAAUCAAUAAAGGAUUAUUCUCCUCAUAUGUUAUAAAGAAUAACACUUAUUCACUAAAACUCGAUAUACUCUCCAAUUCCCAGUUAGACAUACUUUCAGAUGCUAUCUAUAAUGAACUAUAUAGAAAUGAUGCUAGCGAAAAAUCACUGCCUCAAAACAGUCAAUCAAUAUCAACUACCUUCGUAAUACCUGCAGAUUUUAUGCGUCUUCUGGAGUCGGAAAUUUUUGGUAAUAAUAACUCUGCUGAUUCUACUACGUCCACGAUUGAGCAUGCAUACCAACACGAAGAAGCUCAGAAUAAACCGCUUGAAAAUCAUAAUAUUCGUGAAGUGUUUCAGAAGAACCCAAAGGAUAAACUCUAUAUUGCACUAGAGACCACAAAAAAGGUCGCGCACGGUAUCGAUCUUGAAGGUUAUCGCCACAUCAUUAAACCGCAAUGUUUUAAGAAUGCUUUUGGGGAAACAAUCGUCGACUUCUUCGAUCUCGCCAAUCCUCUAGUUGCGAAAAAUGCACGGAAUGUAAUUAUUAUCAUACCCUUAACAACCCCACCCAUCAGUCUAAACAAUUCGCCACUAAUAUGA